GAGGGCGUUAGCCACGCCCUCCUCCCGGGGCCGGGGAUGGAGCCCGGGCCGGGACCGGGGAUGGAGCCGGGGACCGGGCGCUGGUCCGCGACCUCCUGCGUUCUGACCGGCGCCUCCCGGGGCUUCGGGCGCAGCCUGGCGCGGCUGCUGGCUCCGCUCCUGGGCGAGGGUUCGCUGCUGCUGCUGCUGGCGCGCUCGGCGGCGGCGCUGAGCGAGCUGGCGGCCGAGCUGCGGAGCGGUGGGCCGGGGCUGCGGGUGGAAUACGUGGCCGCCGACCUGCGCUGCGGGGACGGGCAGCGCCGGGCGAUCGCUGCCCUCCGGGAGCUCCUGCCCGCCGGCCCGCCCGGCCGCCUGCUCCUCAUCAACAACGCCGGCUCCCUGGGAGACGUCUCCAAAUCCUUCCUCGACCUCACCGACCCGGAUGAGGUCAACAGCUACUUUGCCUUCAACGUCACCUCGGCGCUGUGCCUCACCGCCAGCGCCCUGCAAGCCUUCGGGACGCGGCCCGGCGCCAGCAGGACGGUGGUGAACGUCUCCUCGCUCUGUGCCGUGAAGCCCUUCAAAAACUGGGCUCUGUACUGCAGCGGGAAGGCUUCCCGGGACAUGAUGUUCCAGGUGCUGGCGCUCGAGGAGCCGGGUGUCCGCGUGCUCAACUACGCCCCGGGUCCUCUGGACACGGACAUGCAGCUCUUAGCCCGGACUAAGACUGCAGACCCUGAGAUGCGUCAAUAUUUCCAAAGCCUGCAGGAGAGCGGCCAGCUGAUAGACUGCACCGUGUCAGCCCAGAAGCUGCUGAAUCUCCUGGAGGAGGACACCUUCCCCUCCGGCGCCCACGUGGAUUUCUACGAUAUCUGAGUUCCUCUCGCCUCCGCCUUUGCCCUCCUGCUUUGCUUUCUGCUGAGCCGCAGAGGUGCCUCCAAGCCUGUUUGGUGACUGUGUUUGAGUCCUGGGUGCUGUGCAGCUUCCAAGAGAAGACCUCUGGGCACCUUAGAAAUAUUCCUAGUGCCCCGAUGGGCGUGGGGGGAAGUUCACUGAGCCCUCCGGGCGUCUGCCGGUGGGAGCGGGGGAUUUCUCAGCUGCUGGGGGUGGGGGAGCAGAGAUGGAUUUUCUAAGGGAAUGGCCGUGGAGGCUUAAAGCUCUUUUGUGCAGGAAGAGUGUGUGCCAGCCAAGAAGGUACCAUGACACGUGAGGCCAGGUCAGGAAGCCACCCCAGAAGGUCUCAAAGAAGCCAAGAGUAGGGUUAGAACUGAGUGUCCCCGUGUCCGUCCCCUUCGCGCCGCAGGAGCUGUGUGCUCAGCACCUGAGCAAGUCACAAAAGGGCCAAAAAGCCAUUCCCAUGGCCGGAGGAGGUGGCUGUCACCCCAGAGCCCUCACUGUCCAUCUCCUAUGGCUUGUCCACACUUCCCUGCAGUUCUGGGAUGAGCGCUGCGCGAGAUCUGUGCGUUAAGGAGUGGAGCAAAGCCUGUCCCUGUGUUUUCUGCACAAAGACAAUAAAUUGCCGGGAGAGGGAGCUGGCCGUGGAGGAGGUGUGAAUAUUUGGGUGCCUGGCUGGGGUCACCAGCUCACAUAAACCCGUGCACAAGCGCAGUGUGGGUUAGACCACAUCUGAGACACAGUCCUCGGGUCAUGCCAUGCUCCUGUUUGCAGGUUCUGGGACCAAGCCUGAAUCCAGGGCCUCAGCUCCUCCUGGGUUGUUUUCGUUAUUUGUGGAGUUUUAUCAUUUUUUCAUCAGGUUCCAGGAAGCACAGGCACUUACAGCUUGCUCUUCUACAAGGAGUGUUGAUGCGGGAGAGCUGCUUUGAAGCACAGUGGCUUCCCCUGCGUGCCCUGCAAAUGCCCAGUGUCCCUCUGUACUCAGUGACAGCAACCUUCCUGCAGUCCUCUAUCUCAACCCUGUAUUUUAAAUUUUGUCCACCUGGAUCUACAAUCAUUAAAAGUUUCGUGUCUGGGUCUUCUAUAUCUUUA